AUGAAGCCUUGGGUUCUCCUACUCACCAUGUCCAUCUGUUGGGUUGUGAUACUUCUGCCUGUGCUGGGAGGUAUCAGGAAGAUAACUUCCUUUCAAGUAAAAGAAGUUGAGCAGUGUUGGGUCCAUCCUCCGGUAAUGUUUUGUGAGAAAAGGUGCACUAGGUCACACACAUGUUUAAGAAUAAAUCAUACAUGCUGCUGGACCUUCUGUGGAAACAUCUGCUUGGACAAUGAAGAACCCUUUAAAACAUUGCUAAAACCUAAAACCGGCUGA